UAUAUUAGCAAAGGGAGAGAUAACAACAUUCAGGGAGUCACAUAGACGAGAAUAAAAUGAAGAUUACAAGGGGUCAGGGCCCCAACGAAAAACAACAUUUGCUCUAAACACAGCAUGAAUGACCUUGUUUGACAAAACAAAAAGAACCACCUCACUGUAAAAUGCUCAAAUAAGCCGUAGAUAAAAGGAGCUUUGCGAAAGGCUGCAGUUGGUUUCCCCUCACCUCAUCUACAAGAAGGCCAUUAUAAGAACCAUCCCAUCAUGCAUCCUCUGGCGCCAAAAACAGCAAAGUUGCGCAAAGCGCCCCCUCAUCAUGCCACCCAUAUAGUCCCCUCCCAUCUCCGAUCGAUCGAUCGCUCAGUGAUCACCCGCCACGCUCUCACUCGGCCACUGCAGCUGCCACUCUCUCAAGCCAACCAAGGAAACCACCGCGCGCGUGAACCUGCGCACGCGCGCCGUGAGAGUGAGAGAUGCAUCCGCUUCACCGCUCUCUCCUCCUCCUCUACGCGGCGGCGGCCGCCGGGUUCUUGCUGCUCUCGCCGGCCCACUGCGCCGCCUCGGCAUUGCCGGAUCCGGCGCCGCUCGACCCGGCGGGCCUGUUCAUGCCCUCGGCCACGCCGGCGCAGCCCGGCUCCGCCACGAUCCCGGCGUUCCCGGAGCAGUCGGACGCCGUCUCCGGGGCCUCCUCCACGUGCCCGCUCGACCCCUCCCCGCGGCUCCUCCCGGCCGUGCUCUCCUCCUGCGACGCAGACGGGGCGCUGCCCUCGAGGCUGCGGUGCUGCCCCGCGCUGGCCGCGUGGCUGUUCGCCGCCUACGCGCCCACCGCGCUCGCGGCGAGGCCGGCGCGACCGGCGUCGGCGGCGCCCGUGGACAUGCCGGUGCCUCCGGACGACUCGGAGGCGUGCGCGGGCGCCGCGGACCGCGCGCUGCGGUCCGAGGGGGCGGCGCUGCCGCGCCCGCCGGGCGCCAACGGGACGUGCGACGUGGCCUUCUGCUACUGCGGGGUGAGGCUGCGGCGGCUGACGUGCGGGGCCCAGCCGACGGGUGCCGGCCAGUGGGUCCCGGCGGAAUCGGCGGCGAGGAGGCUGAAGAGGGACUGCGCGCGGCCCGGCGUCCCCGGCUGCUCCAAGUGCCUCCGUGCUCUUUCCACGAUAAAGGCGGGAUCCGGCGGCGGCGAGACGGCGGUUGCGGCGUCGGGGAAGCUGCAGGCGGCCGCGUCGAGCGAGCGGGACUGCCAGCUCAUGGGCCUCAUGUGGCUGCUGCAGCGCAACGCCACGCGCUACGGCGCAGCGGCCACGGCCGUGAUCCGGGCGCAGAUGGCCGCGGACGAGGCGUCCGCCGUGGGCGUCGCGGCGGUGGCGGGGCCGGCCGCCUGCUCGCUCCCCGUGGACGACAUGCCGUUCGCGGCCGAGUACGGGAGGCUCAGCGGGGCCGGCGGACGGCCAACCGCCCUCCGCCGCUUCCACCUGGCUCUGCUCGCCAUGUUCAGCGUGAUCUGCUCGCUGUAGCACUGCGCAGGCACUCGUGAUCGGGUUUAAAUUUGGUAUACGGUUGUCCACCUGUAUGACCCGGUGCGUUUACGUGAGAGCUAGUGGUGCACUGCAAAUUCCAUGGUUCGUUAAUACACGUACAAUGAACUCUGAAAAACUAAGGAUGUUUCAGUGAUCACGAUUCAGCUGAUCAGGAGCAAGAACCAAACCAGGUUCCUCCAAAACUCACAAAGAAAAUGAUGUUGCGCAAUGGAGCUGUAUUUUUUUUUCCUAA